UCCGCACGCACUUGCUUUUUUCAGAUGGCAGUAGAAAUCAUGGUGCGAGAGAGAGAGAGAGAGCACGUCGGACUCUAGGGCCGCGAGCUGGUGUAAGCUGCAUGUGAACAUGUUUGUCGUGCACGAUCUGUGGAGUCCCCUCACACUGUUUGCUGUGGUGCUGCAAUCGACCACAGGAAAACCGGAAACGGGAGACGAGACAACUGGCCGCACAAGUAGUUCGGCGAGAGGAGGAGAUGACAGAAAACCACCUUGGCGACAACGAAAGCGAAGGCGACGCCCCAGACGACGAUGACGACCUAGACGAGGAGCUGGCGUUCGAGGAAUGGAAAGUUCGCGAGCUGAGCCGGGUUAGAAAAGAGAAGGAAGAGCGCGAAAGCGCGAUUAAGGAGCGUGAGGACACCCUCAGGAGGCGGAACAUGACGGAUGAUGAGCGCCGGAUGGAGGACAUGAUGCUCGGGAAACACGUCGGGAAGGACAAAGGCACCAUCAAGUUCAUGCAAAAGUACUACCACAAGGGCGCCUUCUACAUGGACGACGACUCGCUCAAGGUGGAGGACGACGUGCGGCGGCGGAGCUACAACGAGCCAACCCUGGAAGACAAGUUCGACAAAACACAGAUGCCGAAGCCUAUGCAGGUCAAAAACUUCGGGCGGUCCGGGCAGACCAAGUGGACUCACUUGGCCAACGAAGACACCACGCAGUGGGACUCGGCGUGGGCGCAAGAAACGCACGUGGCGACCAAAAUGCAGCACAAAAUGUCCGGGGUCGGGAACAUCGACGCCGCUUUCAAGCGUCGAAAGAAGAAGAACCCGGAGUAG